AUGCGAGCGCUGACGCUGCUGGCCUUCGACUCGCAAUGGGAUGAGACCGAGACCACGCCGGUGGCCACCCGUGACAGCCUGUGGGACCUGGAGACCCUCUUCCGACGCGGCGAGGAGUGGGAGGCGGGGGUCGAGCUGGUCCUGGGCUUUGCCCUGCCUCAGGGUGCGGGCGGCGGCCAUGGUGCCGCGGUGGCCGCCACCGACCUGCUGUCCGGCGUGGCCGACCUGGCAGAGUCCUCGGUGUAUGGCGCGGUGCAAAGCGUGCAAAGCGUCGGGCCGGUGCGCCACAGGGCACAUGACCCCGAGCAGCUGCGGUCUGGCCCUGCAGGAGGCGGCGCCGGGGAGCUGGCGCCCGCGGCCAUCCUGCCAGACGUCGUCUUCAUCACCCGCUUCCCCGAGGAGGAGCAGCUGGAGGGCUUCCUGUGCUCCGAGGCGAUGCAGGCGCUGAUGGGCCAGUCCCCCGACCUGCCGCUGCGUGCCCUCUGGGCGGGGGUGCUGCACGUCGGGCAGUCCCAGACCAGCAGGAGCAACCGGCUGGGGGGCGGGCUGCGCUGA